AUGGAUUCAGAAGGCGCUGAUACCGUCGUACUUGAUCACAACUCCGCAGACUCAGCGCCAACCGACAACAAUGCCGCACCAUCACCAUCGCCAAAAGACAAGACUUCACGACCGCCGGCGCCCUCACGAGCCUCAACCUUCGGACCGAAAUGUUGGAUAUGUAUGAGCGACAAAAGCGAGGAUGACCCAAACAACCCCCCAAUCUGGCGUUCGCCGUGCUCUUGCAGUCUGACUGCCCACGAGGCAUGCCUGUUGGACUGGGUAGCCGACCUGGAGAACCCUAAAAAUAAGAACAAGAACUCUGGACACAUUCUGUGUCCUCAAUGCAAAUCAGAAAUCAGAAUAUUAAGACCGAGAAGUUACGUGGUAGACAGCUACCGCGCACUUGAUCGGACACUGGGAAAAUUGGUCCUGCCGGGUCUGGGUCUUUCUUUUGUUGGUACACUAUGGGCUGGCGCAUGGUUUCAUGGAUUUCAGUCCGUCUAUUUAGUGUUUGGACAUCACGACGCGGAUCGAGUCUUUAGGUACGCGAUACAACGGAGCGAGUUUGCUUGGAUGUACAGCCUGAUCCCGGUCAAUCUGAUUCUCGCCCGUACCGACUAUGCCGACUUUGCGCUCCCGGGGAGCAGUUUGAUCCUUCUUUCAACACAGAUCACAGACAAAUUUGACAUUGACAUGACGAUAUGGCCACCCCUACCAAGCACCGUAUUUGCUUGCUUACCUGCAAUGAGAUCAAUCUACAACUGGUGCUACCACAAGGCAUUCUGUGACCUCAACCGCAAGUGGUUAGCAGAAGUACAACCCAGACACAAUGACCGAGGGGACGUGCCAGGGGAAAACGGUGGCGACGAUAAUGAGGACGAUGUGGAAGAAAUAGUCGAGGAGGGCGAAGUUGUUCUUCAAAUUGAUGUCAACUUGAACGGCGAAGAUGAUGAAGAAGGCCUCGGCGACGAACAGGCUGCCGCUGCCGGGAAUGGAGCCAAUGUGCAAGGUCAACCAGAAAACCAACACGUUCGUCGAAUAUUGGGCCGCCACGAUCUUGUGGAUGGUAGUGGCAGUAUUGGACAGACUAUCCUUGGGGCGUUAGUCUUCCCUGCAGUGGCUGCAGGAAUGGGCAAUCUCAUCAGCUGUGUCUUGCCGUCAUCAUGGUUGACUUACAACAACUACACGAACGGCCGGCCCGGGCUGCUGUCGACGAAGUGGGGAAGGAGUGUCGUGGGCGGAUGCCUUUUUGUGGUGCUCAAAGACGCUUUAUUGCUGUACUGCAGAUGGAAGCUGGCGCAGGGACAUCGACAGAGGCGCAUUAUGAAUUUUGAUCGGCGAACGAAACAAUAUUUAGUAUAA